AUGCCUGAUCCUCAAGAGACAGCGGCAUUGGUGGCAGCAAAACGAGCCGAAGUUCUUGCCAAAUUAGCCAAAUUCCAAAAGGGCGGCACAGCAACAACACCAUCGUCGUCUUCACAACGGUCAGCCAGCCCAUCCACAACAACAACACCUCCUUCAGGAUCACGUACAAAUAGUCCAGCACCACCACCUUCAACAACACGUUACGAUUCUGCGUCUCCUUCAGAAAGCGGUUCACCAGGUUCUAUUGAUGCUAUUCAACGACGUAUUGCCGAAGCCAAAGCACGACUUGCCAAUACAAAGAGCAGUGGUAUCACGCCUCGUGCUACAGUGAAUGGCAUUUAUGUACAAGAUGGAUCAGGUCGAAUUGGGUCAGCACAGCUCUCCACAGACAGCGCAGGUGGUAUUGAUCUCUUUGGAAUGCUCGAAAGUAUACCCAAACGUGAAAUGGCAACAGCCAAAGCGAAUGCACGUGCAACACCAAAGAAAGAUGCCAAACCACUCAAGAUUGAUCUACUCAAAGGUGCCAAAGACAAAUCGGUGAAUCCAUACUUGGAGGAUUUGGGUGUCAAAUCAGCAAAGCCGAUCCGCAAACCAAGAGCGCUUCGUUUUGUGGAACCUGGCAAAUUCGUGGAACAGGCCAACAAGGAGCGUGCCAAGUUACAGAUGGAGAAGCUCAAGCAGAGUAUUGCCGAGAAUGUGAAAAAGGCUGGUGUACAAGUGGAAAUGGAUAUUUCAGACAAAGCACUCAAGAGAGAACCACCACCACUGGUAGAAUGGUGGGAUGCACCUUUCCUUCCCAACAAGACAUAUGAAGAUAUGGAUCAAUCGCCUGUCAAUCCCGACGAACUCAAUCAGUUGAUCACCAUCUAUGUUCAUCAUCCCAUUCCAAUCAAACCGCCCAACGAAGCCAAUGGUCCACCCACAUCACGAUCGCUCAUGCUCACCAAAAAGGAACAAAAGAAGCUUCGCCGUCAACGACGACAAGAAUUACAAAAGGAGAAACAAGAUAAGAUUCGAUUGGGCUUGCUGCCACCUGAUCCACCCAAAGUCAAAAUCAGCAACUUGAUGCAAGUACUGGGUAAUGAAGCUAUCCAAGAUCCUACAAAGAUUGAAGCCAAAGUGCGCAAGGAGAUGGAACAGCGACAAAAGCAACAUGAAUUGGCCAAUGCUCAGCGUAAAUUGACGCCUGAAGAAAAGAGAGCCAAGACCAUGAACAAACUCAAUGACGACAAAAAGAUGAGCAAUGAAGUGGCUGUAUUCAAGGUGGUGAACUGCGCUCAUCCAAAACACCGGUUCAAGAUUGUAAAGAAUGCACAAGACUAUCAAUUGACAGGCAUGGUGAUUACCAAUCCAAAAUGUCAUUUGGUGAUUGUGGAAGGAGGCCCCAAGAGUAUCAAAGCAUACAAGAAACUCAUGUUACGACGUAUUGAUUGGAACGAUUUGCCCCCUCCAAGCAGCGGUACACUUCCUCCGGAAGCUGUCAUGGACCCUAAUCAGGAGAACAGGUGCUUUUUGGUAUGGGAAGGUCAAGUCAAGAACAAGGCAUUCCGUAAAUUCACAUGGCGAAAAUUCGAGAGUGAAAAGAUGGCACGUGAUCAAUUAGCCAAAUGGAAUGUGGAACACUAUUGGGAUGCUGCUGUCAUGGCGAGUAAUGAAGAAUUAGCUGCUAGGCAACCUGAACUGUAA